AUGUUGGAAGCAGAGAGUGUCCAGUCAAAGGAGACAAAGAAGUACGGUUUUGGUUCCAGUUUUCUCAAGUCUUCUCCUCUUCCUUCUUUAUACCAGUGGUUAUGGCAAGCAAAAGCAGCAUUUGUUUCCAAGUUUUCUCUCUAUUUCCAUGAAACACUGGCAGCACAGAGCUCCCCAUCAGAAAUGAAGGCUCUUAUCUCCCGACAAGGACAAGCGUGUGAUUAUGUUUCUAAGAUUCAGAGCUUUCAGAGAAGGAGCGAUGCAGUGAGUGUAUGUUUAGUCUUCGAAGCAGCUGGAGUUGAGCACUAUCGGGGUGCAGGUUAUCAUCAUCCAGAAGAAUCAGUGCCCCCUCCUAAGGGCUUAGAUAGUUACCCUGCUAUCUUCACUUAUCCUCCUACCAGACCUCUGGAGAGGUGGCCAAGCAUUGUCAUGAGAGUGUCAGAUCGCAGCAAUGAACAUGCUCUGUUGGAUCAUGUUGUUCAUUUCUUUGAUCAGCAAAUUGGAUCAACAUACUUCUUAUGCAGAGUUGAGCCUAGAAUAACCUUUGUUGCCAUAUUUGAUAGUAAAAAAUCUGAGAAAGACAGUUAUAUCAGAGAUUUUAUAUAUGAUUUAGUAAUGCAACUAAGAUGCAAUAAAGUGUUUGCAAACCUAAAGCCCAAAUAGUUAGGGCAUCUCAUUAGAUUUCUGAAAUUUUGAAAUGUUUGGAAAAAGUAAUCAUAAAUCCUGUUUUAUAUUUAAAAAUUACAGUAGACCGUUAUAUUUCACGGUAGUUACGUUCCGGAAAAUGAUGUGUUAGGUAAAUCAAAUCCAUGUUAAACUGAAGAACUUAUUGGAAAAAAUAAGGUUACAUUCCUAGGAGCCCCAAAAAAGGCAAACUACUUUUUUUUAGACCUCCAGAUCUUACAAAAAUAAAAGUGAAUAUGUAA